GAGCGGAGAAAGGAGAGCAAAGAAUUACCAAGUACAUAUGUUGUUUGAGGCACUCAAUUUAACUACGUCAGUGUCAAAUGACGUAGUGCUCCCUCAGAUAAAAAUGAAUGACAGUGCACUAGAUAAAGACACAAGCACUGACACGACGAAUUCGUAAACGCUGAUAUCAUGUAAUUGUUUUUUUCGCUUCAAGGCCGAAAAAUAAAUGUAGAGAAGGAAGCAUUAAGCAUAAUCAAGGAUAUAAGGUCGAUUAGUGGAGUGUGGACAGGCAUAAUAAUUUCAAGGAGAGAUUGGAGGUACAAAUUCCACCAGCCAGAGUGAAAGCAACACUAUAAACCCCCCUCCGUCAAUCAGUGAGUGGAUGAUAUAACGUUUCUAUUUUUCUCUCCGUUUCUCUUUGGAGUCUGUUGAUCGUACAAAUGUUUCGAAGAUGUAAUCUUGUCAACCAGCUUCGUGGUGCCGCGAGAGCAUCGACGGAAGCUGCUGCAGUCGAGGAGACGCCAUCUCGGUUGCAGCAGCUCCGAGUAAAAUUACGGGAGAAUGAGCAUGAAAUACUUACAGAUACAUUCGGGCGCAAACACACGUAUCUCAGGAUUUCCCUCACGGAGCGUUGCAACCUUCGCUGUACAUAUUGCAUGCCUGCGGAAGGUGUGAAAUUAACCAAGAAGGAAGGUAUUCUAAGGACGGAUGAAAUAAUACAAAUAGCUGAUCUUUUUGUUAAAGAAGGAGUGCGCAAAAUACGUUUGACCGGCGGCGAACCCACAAUUCGUAAAGAUAUCAUUGACAUUGUCGGACAACUGAAGCAAUUGAGAGAUCUGGAUCAGGUUGCGAUUACAACCAAUGGAUUAACUCUAACGCGUCAAUUGCCAGCUCUUCAGAAAGCGGGAUUGGAUGCACUCAAUAUAUCGGUAGAUACUCUGAAAGAGGAGCGCUUUGAAUUGUUUACUCGCAGAAGAGGCUGGGCAAAAGUUAUGGCUUCCAUAGAUCUUGCUGUUCAGCUUGGCUAUAAUCCUGUGAAAAUCAACUGCGUGAUGAUGCGAGGUCGCAACGACGAUGAAAUAAUUGAUUUCAUCGAUUUCACAAGAGACCGGCCUGUCGAUGUACGUUUCAUAGAAUAUAUGCCGUUUCAAGGAAACCAGUGGAAAGAAAAUAAGAUGGUUCCUUUCAACGAGAUGAAAGCAAUAAUCCGAGAGAAAUAUCCCGAUUUUCAAGCUCUGCCAAAUCAGCUUAAUGAUACGUCCAAGGCCUACCAUGUACCAGGAUUCAUAGGGCAAGUUGGAUUCAUUACAUCCAUGAGUCAACACUUCUGUGAUUCGUGUAAUCGUUUAAGAAUAACAGCUGAUGGAAAUUUGAAAGUGUGCCUAUUUGAAGGAAAAGGCGAAGUCUCGCUUCGAGACGCUUUGCGAAGUGGAAUUUCGGAAAAUGCGCUUAAGGAUUUGAUAAGAAGAGCAGUAUCACAAAAAAAGAAGCAACACGCAGGGAUGUUCAAUCUUACUCAAAUGGAAAAUAGGCCAAUGAUACUGAUUGGAGGUUAAUUGAUCGUUAUAAUUAACUA